AACACCAAUCUAUUUCAUCUAUGUCUUCAUGCUUCACAGUCAUGUUGGAAGAGGAAGGGGCCAUCUUCCCAAUCGAUCCUACUUUUUUACAACUGACAGUUGACAGUGGAACAUUUAGGAUCGAGGAGAUUUCUCAACUGGACUAUUUGUACAGGUGGCAUCUUAUCACAGUCGAACGCUGGAAUUCACUAAGCUCCUGAGAGUGAUCCAUUCUUUCACAAAUGUUUGUAGAAACAGUUUGCAUGCGGAUUUUAUACACCUGCAGCCAUGGAAGUGAUUGGAACACCUGAUUUCAAUUAUUUGGAUGAGUGAGGUAAUACUUUUUGCAACAGAAGUGUCUGUAUGUGUGUGUUGUAACCCAGUUUAUGUCUGUCAACGCAGGUGCUUGAGAGUAGUGAAGGGCCAUGUCCAAGGGCCAAUUACACAGUUUAACCAAAAGAUGUCACUGUGAUGUAGGUGAACAAAGUGCCUUCUAUCAAAUGUUUGCCUUCGUAUAUGCCGUUAUAAUAGCAUUUAUUUAAUAAUUUAAAACAAAGCGUGCAUACUUAUGAAUGUAUCUGUUUAACCAAAAAUGCUGCUUUGCUCAAAUGUGCCGUUUCCAUUACUUUCCAUUUAGUUUUGCAGAAUCAUUUCUCUGACCAAGUAAAAAGAAGAGAGGUAGAAUAUUUUUCAAUGCAUUUUUAGCCGCAGCGCUUGUCAAGCACCUGUGGGGCAAAACUUCCAAGUUACCUACGCGUGCAAUCAAGAUGGGCAGGCGAGCAAACAGAUUUCAGAAUAGCAAUUUUACCGGCUGACGUAAGAGGUGGGUCUGGUUGUCUUGACAACCAAUUGGCACUGAAGUGUGGAGCCGUUCCGUGGCCCCGCCCCCUGUACAAAUACCCCUAUGGCUUUGACGUCAAUGUACGUCAACCCGAGAACAUGAUGCCUCUUAGCGAGUCAACUCGUGUUCUCUGUAGCUGAUAGAGGCACCUCAAGCUGAAAUAUUAUCGCUCUAUUGUACCGGGAGAACGUGGCGUGACAGCCCUGUGGUUCAGCGAAUGACUCGCCGCGUAUAAGGGCGAGUCAGCGCCACAUUGGCGUUUUUUUAAGCCGGUAGUGGCGGCAUAGAAAUCAACUUUGUCUAUUUUUAAUGGACACGCUUCGGGCGGCGGUAGCAGCAGCAGCAGCGGCGGGCGGUUUGUUUUCCUUUUGUCUUUAUCUCUAGCUGCUCAAGCAAGCCUGUCUGAGUCCCCCCCCCCCCCCCCUCUGCCUCUACCUCUUUCACAAGCAGUCCCAUUUAUAACAGCAUGGUCAUGGCCGACAGUGUCCAAAAACCGCUGCUCCGGGGUCCGGUCCGAGUGGGCUUCUACGACAUCGAGCGCACGUUAGGAAAAGGCAAUUUUGCUGUCGUGAAGCUGGCCAGACACCGCAUUACCAAGACCGAGGUGGCCAUUAAGAUCAUUGACAAGACCCAACUGGAUGCUGUUAACCUGGAGAAGAUCUACAGGGAAGUUCAGAUCAUGAAGAUGCUGGACCACCCCCACAUCAUCAAGCUCUACCAGGUGAUGGAGACGAAGAACAUGCUGUAUUUAGUCACAGAGUACGCCAAGAAUGGCGAGAUCUUCGACUACCUGGCAAAGCACGGCCGCCUCAGCGAGCUGGAGGCCAGGAGAAAGUUCUGGCAGAUACUGUCUGCGGUCGACUACUGUCACAACCGAAACAUCGUCCACAGAGACCUGAAGGCAGAGAACCUGCUGCUGGAUGGCCACAUGAACAUCAAGAUUGCAGAUUUUGGAUUUGCGAACUUCUUCCAGCCUGGGGAGCCUCUGGCCACAUGGUGCGGCAGCCCACCGUAUGCCGCCCCAGAAGUCUUCGAAGGACAGCAGUAUGAAGGUCCGCAGCUGGACAUCUGGAGCAUGGGGGUGGUGCUUUAUGUGUUGGUGUGUGGUGCAUUGCCCUUUGAUGGACCUACUCUGCCUGUGCUCCGACAGAGAGUUCUCGAAGGAAGGUUUCGCAUCCCCUACUUCAUGACUGAAGACUGUGAGCACCUGAUCCGCAGGAUGCUGGUACUGGACCCGUCCAAGCGUCUGUCCUUGGCUCAGAUCAAGGAGCACAAAUGGAUGACUCUGGAUGUUCCCGUGCAGAGGCCGGUUCUAUACCAGCAGCCGCUGUCUACAGAGGGCGAGCCGGGCGUCGGAGAGUACAGUGAGCAGGUCCUUCGCCUCAUGCACAGCCUCGGCAUCGACCAACACAAGACCAUAGAAUCUCUGCAGAACAAAAGCUACAACCACUUUGCUGCUAUUUACUACCUGCUGGUGGAGCGGCUCAAGGCGCAUCGCUGCAGCUUCCCGGUUGAACAGCGACUCGACGCUCGCCAGCGGCGCCCCAGCACCAUUGCCGAACAAACAGUCAUCAAGUCCACCAGUGGCUCAGCACAGGUGGGUUUGCCCCUGCAGGGUGUACGUUUGUUGCGUCCCCCCACCAUUCCGCAACCGACUUCUGACGCUUGCACCUUCCCCCAGACCGCCUCUCCCCUGGAGCAGAAUUUCAUGGUGGAGGAUAUCAGCACGCCCAAAGUGAACGGCUGCCUUUUAGACCCCCUCCCUCCCAUCGCUGUCCUCCGCAAGUCCUCUACCUCGUCACCCAGCAACAUGAUGGAGACAUCGAUUGAUGAGGGCAUCGAGACUGAAGAGCCGGAUGCAGAGGAUGAUCCCGCCCACCUGCUUUCAGCCUAUCAGACGGCUCGAUUUGGCCAACGGCGGCACACCCUGUCUGAGGUCACUAACCAGCCGGGACCUUCAAAUCCAGGUAAAUUAUUCACUAUGGGCCACAACCCAUCCAUGGGAAGCGUCGACUCAGACAUUGGCUACGACAUGGGGUCUGCUCAAAGUGACCUCGGCCUGCUGGAGGACUCCCCCUCCCUCAGCGAAGUGAUACCGGCCAGCAGCUCUACCCCUGGCUGCAGCCCCGCGCCUUUCAUGAUGGCAAGACCUCCAAACCCAGCAAUGGUUGCCUUGACAUCGCAGCACAGGGAGAUGCUUAACCGCUCGCCGAUCAGCUUCAGGGAAGGACGCCGUGCGUCUGAUACCUCCCUCACACAAGGUCUGGUGGCGUUCCGGCAGCAUCUCCAAAACCUGGCGAGGACCAAAGGCAUCUUGGAGCUAAACAAAGUCCAGAUGCUGGUGGAGCGGAUGGGCUCUGGGGAUGGGGCCGUUGCUGGUCUCCUGGGACCACAGCAUCAUUUGCACAACCUGCUGGAGGGCGAGGCCUGCAAGCAGCAGGAGGGCCUAGCUUUAUACCAAGGUGAAGCCCAGCCGCCUCUCCUGUCCCGCAGACAGAGUUUGGAAACACAGUACCUCACACACAGACUGCAGAAGGCCAACAUCUUGGCAAACAGUCCUGCUAGCUGUCAGAUUUUCUGUAAGGAGACUCCUCGCAGUUUAGAGCAGCAGCUACAGGAACACAGACUGAACCAGAAGAGGAUGUACCUACAGCAGCAGUCACAAGGCAUGGGACUGCAGACCUAUUUCAACCAGAUGCAGAUAGCUGAAGGCUCCUACACACCAGUCGGCCCUGCUCUGGACCCUGCUGCGCCUCAGGGUCCCCCUCAGGGCCCUUCCAUGCCAGCUGGCGGCCAGCCUCAGCCCCUCCAGCAAGGCAGCCCUCAGGCUUCCUCCCCCUACGGCCACACCCUCAGCCUGAGCCCUCUAAUGCCGCCAGGUGAGGGCGUGGUUUACGAUCCCUACAUGAGCCAUCACCACUACACCCAACAUCUGCCUCAUGGAGCCCACCACCAGCUCCACCACCAGCAGUCUCACGAUGCUUCCAGCAGUGGCAUGGGCUUCGGUUUCCCUGUAGGCUGUGAGCAGCAGGCCCUCGGGCCCUCCCCUGAGGUUCUUCCCCCAGACCAGUACGAGUUCUCCAUUAACCCCAGCUUACUGCCGCCACCUGCUCCAGGAGAGGUGGAGGCCAGAGCUGUGCCUGGGGUUCUGGCUGGGGCGGCACAGUCGGACAACCUCGGGAUGAACGAGCUGCCAAGUUCUCUGCUGGACAGCGAGAUGAUGGAGACUGUGGACUCCCAGCAGGGCUUCGUACUGGUCAACUAAUUAGAGAGCAGUGUUAAAACAGCAACACAGCAUUAAGAGCAGGGAGAACGGAGAUGUAAGCGGAGGUUUUAAGCGUAGCAGCAGGGAAGGAAGUGUUCACCUUUGUGCAACUAAUAGAAACUUAAUUUCUUAGUUGUAAGAAGCCUCAACUUUUGUACCAAAAUCCUCCCUCAACCCUACCUCCCUUUCUCCUUCUACUCCCCUGUUCUUGUUCUCAUCUGCUCCGCGAGGCGGGAGGAGGCCCGUCGCCGUGCCGACGCGGUGAGGCUACUGUCACCAUGUGCGCGAGCCGUUUUAUGAGACUGCCGCAGGGGGAUGCUGCACAUCCUCGAGGCUGUGAGGGAGCAGCGUUUCAUCUAGAAACAGUUUGAAAGCAAACUUAUUUAGGGACUUGAAACUGAACGCCAACCAAAAGCACAAAGGCUGGUCGUGAUGUUUUGUACUUCAAGUACCGUCGACAACAAUAUGACUGAAUAUGUUCUGAAUCUGUAUCUUCUGUGGAUUUUGUUUAUUUCUUUUGAGAAGAUAUAGGGUGAAAAAAACUAGUGAGCAGUAGCAGAUGGCCCUCAUUUAUCAUGGUACCAUAAAUAUUAACGCAAAUUCAAGUGAUUCAAGCUGGUGUUUUGUGCAGGUAUAUUAUAAUGGUCUUAAACAGGUCUCAACACUAUCACUUUGUUAUGUUCUUGAUGAACAAGAACGUCACAAAUAUUCUCAAUCGUGCUACAUCUGUUAACCGUUAAAGACGAGUUUUAUUUUGUGACGUAUGAUUCAUAAAUUGUAACUACUGAUCUCAAGCUAUUUCCAACACUACUGAUUGCUGUCCCAGUUCCAGUGCACCCAUUACUAUGAUUACCUGUCUGGUCCAAGCGUAGGGUCAUGCCUUCGCCUGGUACAUGAGGGCUGAUGUUGAUUAAAUGCUUAAAAGUUGAGGGAUUAGUGUUAAACGUAUGUCUCUGUUUCUGUGGCAAUACUGAAGCAAUAUUAAUCCUGAAUGUUGAAGGGUUGGGAAUGGAAGCCUCUGAUUGGUUCCCGGCAGAACUCGGGAGUUACCAGCGGUGACAUCACUGGAGCGGAUGAUGUAAGCAGGAGAUAAACUCACUGUUGUUCGCUCUAGAAACGCACUGACACGCAUAGAAGCCGUUGCAUGGAGGGUGCUGUGCAAAAGUUUGGGUUUUAAAUUGUUGAGUUCCUUCAAAAAUAAGCCAAUAGAAUAUCAUUUCCAUAAAUAUAUUCAUUAAAAAAAUGCAAGAAGUGCUCUUUUUGCCCUGCAAGCAUCAGAAGUUGUCUUCAAAUUUGUUUUAAGGUACUGAGCAGGUAGGGAGUUUUAAGCAGAUCGGAAACAGUCUUUUUACAUUUCUUAAACCUUUUGCACAGUACUUGUUUUUGAGAUCAUUUCUACAUUACUUCCUCUGCUGCAGUCAUCCCUCUACUAUUUUGUUUUCUUAAUAACCCACUUAAAGACUCCCUACAUCAGAUUUCCUGAGUGAAGUUUGCCCUCUGUCGCUGUGGCUGCUGCGAGAUGAAGCCCAGCAUCCUUCAGCUGACAGGGGAUCCUGAUUGUUUUCUCACCAUUCUGUUAAGGUUUUUUUUUUACUUUAACGACGCUCAGACUCUGUUCAAUCGAGUACAUAUAACUCUGACAGAUGAUCGGUUGGAAUGACAGCAGUUGAGAUGAGAAUAUCGGCCUGCGACCAUCUGCCAGACUGCGUGGCCUGUGGUGGUUUGUGGUUAAACUGUAGGAAGGUUUGAAGUCGGAUCCAGCAGCAGAGCAAGGCGCUCCCUCAGAUUUGACGCUGACAGUUGAACCGUCUGUAGUGAUGGCAACAAAAGGUGCCCUAACUUUGGUUAUUGACUUGCAGAGAUUACAUGUAAAACAAACCAAGAAUGACCUGAGUAUUGUUUAGCUCAUUUGUAUGAACAAUAUUUAAAAAAAAAUCUUGUGUUUUAUUAGGAUUUGAUGUAAGCGAUCAAGAAAAGUAGCACAAAACUGUGAAGGGGAAGGAAAUUUAUAAAUGGUUUUCAAUCACAUGAAUAAGCUUUGAUCUAAACAAUUUUGUUGAAGCUCUGGCUGCUGCAGUAAACCUCUACCUAGAGUAUCUAGGAUUGUCCUCCAUGUAGCUCCAUCUGUUUUUCGAUCAUCUCUGACCAGCUUCCCCAUCGUUGCUGAAGAACAGCAUCCCCACAGCAUGAUACUGCCACCAAUGGUUCUCCUCAGGGUUUCUACAGAGUCUUAAACAGUAUGAAAUUUUCCAAGUCUGGAAAAAUGUUGGAUGUUCCAGAUUUUAUUCCGUAUUUCAUUAACAAAUGGUCAAAUUUUAAUUUCAGAAGAAUAAAGGGCUUUUUUUUUUUCAGAUGACUUUCCUCAUUUUUGACUUGCUUCAUCACAACUUGACUUAUGUCCAACUCUUUGACCAGAAAUGUAUGCAUAUUCUUUAAAAAAAAUCCAAUAAAGAUUAUCAGUUCAGUCCCUUUUUAGGCUUCUAAGAAUGAGUUCUCUAGAACCUUUAGUUCAAAACAUUAAAACCCCCGCAUUAUUUUUUCACAAAUAAAGAAAGGUAUAAUACUUCACAUGCUGGGAUCUUAUACUGGUUAGAAAAGAGUCUGCAUUUAAUGUAGGAUAAACCAACCCAGAUGCAAGACAUCUGUAUGUUCUAGAUUUUGAAAUGGAGCUGAUCCAAGUAUGUUCAGGCGACCCUUUACCUACACUGGCAAAUCAUAAGCAAACAUCUUUGCCGUUUUAAGAUUUGUAGAUUUGAAAGAAUUAGAGUUGGGGUUUUGUACUCCAAUGUUCACAAUGUUGCAAAAACUGUUGGAAAAAUCUAGAAAUUUGAGUCUGGAAAAGUGUGGAAUGUCAGGAUGGAACAUUUGUAGGGACCAGGUCUCCCGCACUUAAGUCAGAAACGUUCGGUUCUGGUCUCACCUGACCUGCGAUCCCUCUUGAACAUGUUUGCUGUUGCCCCUACAUGGCUUUUUGAAAACUCCAAAACGGAUUUCCAACUCGUAUGGACUUCUUUCUUCUUGUCGCUCUUCUAUGCAGACCACAUUUGUAGACUAGAAGACUAAUAGUUGUCCUGCCGAAAGAUGUGCCAACUGAGCUAUGGAUCUCUCAAGCUCCUCCAGAGUUACUUUGUUGCUUCUCUGGUUGAUCUUUGUUCUCCAACAGAUUUCUGAGUGACAGCUGAUUGAGCUGAAUUAUACUAAGAGGUAUCAGAGGCUGAAUACAAAUGCAUAUCACAUUGGAAACAUCCCCAUGGUGACAAGAGGUGGUGGCAGCAUCAUGCUGUGGGGUUGCUGUUCUUCAGUAGGGAUAGGGAUCCUGGACACUUAACAGCUAUGUGCUGCUUUGUGUUGGUCUAUCAUAAAAUCCCAAUAAUUUCCAUGAAACUUUGUGGAAGGAAUGUGGUAAAAUUUGACGUCCAUGGAGUAAGACACCUUUUGCAAGGUUGACUGAACAGUUACACUUUGGCCACUAGUUGCUAAAACAGCCUCCGUUGACCAGAAUGCAUUGCAGGCCUAUUGCAAAACUCUCCUCGUGUUCUCAUUACCAGUUCCACCCUUCAAUUUACAAACUCGGCAUGUUUAUGUAAUUCAGCCAUAGUUUGACAGGAAUAAGCUCACAACCAGUUUGUGGGUUUAAAUGUCCAUUAUAUAGAAAUAAGGAAUGAAGUAAAAUGUAUGAGGCUUGGUAUAAGUUUGAAAUAAUUCUGAUGCUGUUUGAGCAUUAAAGUGGUGGGGGGUUGCCUUUGUGGAGGGUCACACUGAAAGAUCUACAGGAAGAUCUGUGGAGGAUGAAUACUGGAGCACUUUGACAACAACGGGGAAAUGAGGGAGGAGAGAAAGGUGGGAAAGGUUUGCGGCUUCCUGGCAGAUGAAACGGACCACAAUCAGCAGGAAACACCUUUCACCUCCCUCUUCUUCAACAAUAAUGGGCACAAAACCCCUUUUCUUUCAAGGAAAGACCAGACCGAGUGUGACACUUGUUGUGACUGCCGAUCUGAAUUUGAGAAAAAGCAACACUUUUCAGUUUAUUAUGAUGAGUGUUCUUGGUGUGGCUGUAGUGAAUCCUCGUGUGGAGGAGUUGUGUUAAAUAGUGUUCAGUGUGCCUUUUUACUUAUUUUCAGUCUAAAUUUGAUUGACUUUUUCUGGUUCUGUUUUCUUGAUUACAAUGACUUCCUCUCUGUUUUUAAUGAUUUUGUUUUCCUAAAAGUAAGUAGAGCCAAGUUUUCCAAAGGUACCAAAGUCCCUCAGAAGUUUCCCUGUACGACCCACCAUGUGGAGUUUUGGAGCUUCUUUAUUAUCUUCUCUACUGUUCUUUUUUCCUAGCUGGUCAAUCUAUGUAUGCCAUUUAAAAGUAUUAUAGCAAUAUUUCUCUAGCUGAAGACUAGUCAUGAAGAUUCUAGUGUGUUUCCAGGUAUCAUAAUUUCACCUCCUGCUGAUAAAAACAAACAAAAAGUCAAUCAAUGGAAAUCCAGUUUUAUAUUUACCUUCAUUGAUGUUGACCACACAUAAGCUAACUUGCUGUUGAGAUUAAAAAGGUUUAUUGAACAGAA